GGGAUUCUGAAAAAUGACAGGGGCAAAGAGGAAAAAGAAAAGCGUGCUGUGGGGUAAGAUGCACACCCCCCACUGGGAAGACAUUAAACAGUGGUGUGAGAGGCGCCUACCUAUUUUGGAAUGGGCUCCACAGUACAACCUGAGGGAAAACCUGCUUCCAGACACCGUGUCUGGGGUAAUGCUGGCAGUUCAACAGGUGACACAAGGGCUGUCCUUCGCUAUUCUUUCGUCUGUACACCCAGUUUUUGGUUUAUAUGGAUCUCUGUUUCCAGCCAUCAUUUAUGCCAUAUUUGGAAUGGGACGUCAUGUUGCCACAGGUACCUUUGCCUUGACAUCCUUGAUAUCAGCCAACGCUGUGGAAAGGCUGGUCCCUCAAAGCAGCAGGAACCUCACCACACAGAGCAACUCCAGCGUGCUGGGCUUAUCCGACUUUGAGCUACAGAGAAUCGGGGUUGCAGCAGCAGUUUCCUUCUUGGGAGGAGUGAUUCAGAUGGUUAUGUUCGUGCUGCAACUGGGCAGUACCACGUUCCUAGUUACAGAGCCUGUGAUCAGCGCCAUGACCACGGGGGCCGCCACCCAUGUUGUGACUUCACAAGUCAAGUAUCUCUUGGGAAUAAAAAUGCCAUAUAUAUCUGGACCGCUGGGAUUCUUUUAUAUUUAUGCAUAUGUUUUUGAGAACAUCAAGUCUGUUCAGCUGGAAGCGCUGCUCUUAUCCUUGCUGAGCAUUGUUGUCCUUGUUCUCGUUAAAGAGCUGAAUGAACAGUUUAAAAGAAAAAUUAAAGUUGUUCUUCCUGUCGAUUUAGUUUUGAUCAUUGCUGCCUCAUUUGCUUGCUAUUGUACCAACAUGGAAAGCACAUACGGAUUAGAAGUAGUUGGACACAUUCCAAAUGGGAUCCCUCCACCCCGUGCUCCACCAAUGAACAUCCUCUCCGCAGUGCUCACUGAAGCUUUCGGAGUUGCACUUGUAGGCUAUGUGGCCUCACUGGCUCUUGCUCAAGGAUCUGCCAAGAAGUUCAAAUAUUCAGUUGAUGACAACCAGGAAUUUUUGGCUCACGGCCUCAGCAAUGUGAUCCCUUCAUUUUUCUUCUGUAUCCCAAGUGCUGCCGCCAUGGGAAGAACGGCUGGUCUGUACAGCACAGGAGCAAAGACACAGGUGGCCUGUCUAAUAUCUUGCAUUUUCGUCCUUAUAGUCAUCUAUGCAAUAGGACCUUUGCUGUACUGGCUGCCCAUGUGUGUUCUUGCAAGCAUUAUUGUGGUGGGACUGAAGGGAAUGUUAAUACAGUUCCGGGAUUUAAAAAAGUACUGGAAUGUGGAUAAAAUCGAUUGGGGCAUAUGGGUCAGUACUUACAUAUUUACAAUAUGCUUUGCUGCCAAUGUGGGAUUGUUGUUUGGUGUUGUCUGCACCAUAGCCAUCGUGAUAGGACGCUUUCCAAGGGCAAAGACUCUAAGCAUAACAAACAUGAAAGAACUGGAAUUUAAGGUGAAGACAGAAAUGCAUGACGAAACCUUGCAACAGGUAAAAAUCAUCUCAAUCAACAACCCACUUGUUUUCCUGAAUGCAAAGAAGCUGAAUACUGAUCUGAUGAAAAUAAUUCUAAAGGAAAAUGACAGCAGUCACCCACUUGAUGAUGCCAGCAAGUGUGAACAGAACACCUUGCUCAAUCCCCUGUCCAAUGGCAGCUGCAAUGAGGAAGCUUCCCAGCCCAGCCCCUCUGAGAAGUGUUCUUUGCUCCUGGAUUGCAAUGGCUUGACUUUUUUCGACUACACGGGAGUUUCUACUCUUGUUGAGCUUUACCUCGAUUGCAAGAGCAGGGGUGUCGAUGUGUUCUUAGCCAACUGCUCAGCGUCCUUGAUAAAAGCAAUGACAUCCUGUGGAGACCUAGACACUGAGAAGCCAAUUUUUUUUGACUCAGUACCUGCUGCAAUCAGUACCAUUCAGUCCAAUAAGGUGAGUUGGAUAAUUAAUUUGAGCAAAGUCAGUGAUCACAGUGAAGUCUGA